GCAGGGAUUCGCGGUCUGCGCGUGUCAAGGGCAGCCGCUCUAGCGGGCAGCAGACAACUCGGCCGCAGCAGCGCCGCGUACCGCUCUCCGGUCUCCAGUCUCCUGGCUGCCGCCGCACAUACAGCAGCAGCAGCAGCAGCAGCAGCAGCGGAACUGCGGGCUCGAGGUCCACUUACACGUCACUACGAGCACCAGGAGCGAUGCACGCCGCGUGGAAGAUCCUGGGGUUGGCGAUGACCUUCGCCACGGCCUCUGCGUCGCCUAAAAACCCGGCGGACUACUUCUCGCUGUGCGAGCGCAGCAACGCCGACUUCAGCGGCUGCGUGGUGCGGUCCAUACUGGACGCCAAGCCGCGCCUUUCUAAAGGGAUCCCGGAGAUGAACCUGCCGCCAUUGGAGCCGCUGUUCAUCCCACUGCUGGAGAACACGGAGGGCAGCGGCAACAACCAGUUCAGCCAGAAGCUCUCCAACGUCAGCAUACACGGCCUCAGCCAGUUCGUAAUCAAGGAGGGCAGGGCGCCGAGAAAUCUGACGCGCUUCUACUUGGACAUGUUUACGCCGGUGAUCACCUUCGACGCGCAGUACGAGAUCCACGGUCGCGUACUGGCGUUGCCCAUCUCGGGCAGCGGGGACUGUAAGCUCGUUUUCAACGACGUGCGCACAAUUGCUGACGUGCCGCUAAGCCGCGUACAACGAGACGGCAAGGAGCACCUGCACGCCGACGCAUUCAAGUGGAUCAUCCGGGCGGAGAGCGGGACGGUGCACUUCGACAACCUCUUCAACGGAGACGAGAAGCUCGGUGAAACGAUGAACAAGUUCCUGAACGAGAACUGGAAGGACGCCUUCGAGGCGUACAAACACCUGCCAGAGGAGGCCAUGGGCUCGGUGUUCACAGAGUUCUUCAAUCGCGUUGCCGACGUCUACCCCCUGGACGUGCUGUUCCCUGCCUAACUGUGUGGCCACCAGACUGUGCCCUUGACUGCAGUCAGUGUAGUAUACGUCGCCCGUGCACGUUGCUUCUCACACAUUUGAUGUAGCUGAGUUAUUGGAAGUACGGGGAGAAGUAGAAGAAACUUUAUAUUAUAUCGAGAGUCUCUACACUUCUUGAACAUAUGUGACUUACAUGUACACUUAGCGAAAGAAAUAAAUUUUAUUUUGUUAAAAUACA